CGUUCGCUGACUCAACUCCCUGACCAAUCAUCAGUUGAGGGGCGGUCGGCCGGCGGCGGCAGUGCGCAUGCGGAUUUCGAGGUCACUGAAACGCGGGAAGCAGGAAAAGAAACUUGCAGAAAGCCGAAAGAAAGAAGGUACAGAAUACAGAGUGUGUUUUCCAGGAAAAUGGACGAUGACUUUGGAGGAUCCCUGACUCCUCCUGUCUCUCCAUGUGAAAUGGAAGGGAUGGAGACAGAUGUGCAAUGUUGCAGACCCCCUUGCUUCUCCUGCACUUUGGAUCAACGCGAUGGGGGAAAACCCUUUUCUCCUCACGGCUAUCUGGCAAGUGGAUCGCUAAACCGAUUGCUUUUAAGAUUGGAUCCUUCCCCUACUGGCUAUGAAGCUGACACAGUGGAUAUAUUCGGUUUUCAGUGGGUGACUGAAAUGGCACUUGUCGAAUCGCCACGUCUUCUGUUUGGCUUACUGAGACAACAAAUCAGCCAUUUAGAAGACUUGGCACAGACUAGUUCAUGUGAUUUUGGGAACAUUACUAGCAUUUGUAGUGAAGCAGAUGAUAUCAGACAACAGUGCGUUAACUUCCUCCAGUAUAUCAAAGUGUUUAUUUUCAGAUAUUUGGAGCCUUCCAGAGAACUGAGUGAAAAACCUGUCCAUCCAUAUGAGGAACUAGAAGUUCAGCUGCCUUCUGUAUUAGUGGAGGAAUUGCAUGCACUAACCCUGUUCAUUGGCCAUCUCCGUGAACGCCCCAGCAAUAUCCUAGCCAACCUCUCCAUAAGCAACCAAGGAAAGGUUUUUCCACCAUCCUGGCAUUUGGUGCAUUUGCAUUUGGACAUUCAGUGGUCAGUGCUUGAGAUUCUACAUAUACUUGGCGAGAAAACGUUGGGACAAGUAAUUUAUGCUCAUCAGUUUAUGAAUUUGACCGGUCAAAACUUGACUAAUGUCAGUCUGUUUGAAGAUCAUUGUAAUAACCUGCUGCGUGACCUGAUGGUUUUAGCAGUCAACAAGUGUACCAAGGUUAGACCAUCUGAUGUACUUAACAUUUGCCAUUACCAAUGCAGCUGUGUCAAGGAACUGUGGACGCUGCUUAUCCACCUACUUGAUCACAGGAAUAAAACUUCUCAAACCGAGCAGAAUUUCUGGAGCUGCUUGAACAAUCAUCUCAGGAAUCUCUUGCAAGAGGCAACAAAUACAGAAGGAGUCCGUCUUUGUGAUGCGACUGUCUGUAAGGAUCCUCGUGGUUUCAGUUGGUGGCUGAUUACCCACCUUGCAAUUCUUUACACAUUUGAUAGAAAUGGAACCACUCAAGACAAGAAACUGAUCGAAAGCAAUUGGAGUUUUACUGAAGAGCUUCUGAAACUUUCUGUGAAUGUUCAGAAUGGUAUUUUGGAAGAACAAUUACGGAUGCACCUUCAAUGUUGUCUAACUCUGUGUGACCUCUGGCAUACCAAUCUCAAUGCAGUUACGAUAUUGUGGGAAUAUUACAGUAAACACCUGAACAGCCCCUUCAACAUUCCUUGGCUUGGCUUACAAGGACUGGCCAGUGUGAGCAAAUCACCUUUUGCUAUGCUUGAAAUGGCAAGAACGUGCUGCAGCGGUGACCAAAGCUCCAACUUAUACGAGUCGCAGAAUAGUUUUCAGCUUUUCCUCCGAAUUUUAGCCUUGCAAAUUACAAAAGGACAGGAAGCAAGUGGAACCCACCCAUGGAAACAGCUGAAAGGAAGAAUUUAUUCCAAGUUUCAUCAACGAAAAAUGCAAGAACUCACGGAGUUGGGCCUUCAGAACUUCCUCAGCCUUUUUCUAGUCCUUGCAGAAGUGGCAGGGAUGGAGGAUGUUGUCAGCCGGGUAUCAGACCUCCUUGACCUUUUAAAGCCCAGUCUGCUCUCCACUGCCCAGCAGUCAUUGAUUUGGAAAGGUUACUUUGCAUUUAUUCUGAUGUAUGAGGAGAAAAAUGUCGACAUCAGUUUUCUUGCCACAAAAAUGUCAGUUAACUUUGAGAAUGUAGCAAAAGAAUUCUACUUGAAAACCACCGAUCACACCCGGAAAGCGACCCUUUGGCCAUUGUUAUUAACAUACAUUGAAUCUGUUCAGGAGGUAUUCGAGACCAGUUCCUUUCUACAUCUUUCAGAGGAAAAGUUAUUGAAUGAAGGGUUUGAUCUGCUUUACCGUGCCUGCAGGGAAUCGGAACUAAAUGCAGCACUUACAUUUCUUCAGAUUGUUCUGGCUCGCUUGAGGAGUGUGCACAAGCGCUCUCUCCAGCCCUUUCAACAGAUCCCAGUGUCUUCACACAGCCUUCCAGCACCAUUAGUUGCCAAAGAGCGCCACCUAGCUAUCGCCAGUGCUCUCUGGAGGAAUUUCUUCCCUUUUGUGAAAAGCCAAAGACUGUCGCAGACACCUUCUUCACAGACAGCUGAUGUUGCUGCAGGUUUUACUCUCUUAGCAAUGGAUAUGCCUAGUACAGCACCAUCAGACCUCCAGCCACAACCUCUUGUAAACAUGAUGCAAAUAUUUGGCUGGGAUGACAUGGUACACCCUCAGCUGGUUUCUCGAUAUCUUAGUCAUCUAAUUCAAAACAGCUCCUUAGUAGAUGCCCUCAAAGGCCUAGGAUGCAGUUCGUACCAAACAUUUACAAUCCAUUCUUGGUUUCGAUGCAUUUUGCAGCAGCAUUUGAAUCAGCCUGCUGGCAAUGCAGAAAAAAUGCACACCAACCAGAUAAGUGGAAAAGUAACCACGGAACAAUUGGCAGGAUUGACCAGGAUAGUAUGCAAACUGCCAGAGAUGGAAAACCUACUCAACCAGUCUCAACUUGAUCAGUCAGCAGCCAAGGUGGAGCCAAAAACUGUUCUAUUCAUAUUCAUUAAGGCUGUUGGGAAAACUUACAGUCAACUACAAACUCUAGGAGACAAAUCUUCUUUAGCCUCAAAAGCCCUGGAGUAUGCAGGUGACAUUCUGAAGUAUACCAAGCCAUAUUUGGUUAACAAAGGGCCAAAUGAGGGCCUGCAGUUAUUAUAUUGGGCUGUCGGUUGCAUUGUCAAGCACUGGGCUCUAAUACUGGCUACUUCAAAAACUCAACAACUCUUGUUUCGCAUUAUUGAUCGUCUAUUAUUGCCACAUACCCUCUUUCAGCAGGGCACAGGACUGCCCCCAGCAAUGCUGUCUGCCAUUCGAGAUAACUUGCCUCUAUAUCUGCAGGGACUGGCAGCCAUCAUUGGACACACAACAGUUCAGACUGCUUAUGUUAAGCAGCUGCUCCAAAAUAUAAUUCACAAAUAUUUUGAUCGCUUCCUUUCAUCAUCUCCUACUGGGUCAGGCGUCGUAAAUCACCCUAUAUUACUUGCACUUUGUGAGUUGACCCCAGUGGCACAACAUCAGAUGCUGCGGAAGACCGUUGUUCUGGUCAUAAGUGAAAGCUAUAUGCAAUUCAGGAGUCAUGCUCCUCCUCCUCGCUUAGCAGCAGUCUUGUCAUUCCUUCUUGAACUGUUACGAAGAAACCAAAGUAGUGAUGCAGCCAGUGAGGCUAAGCUGCUUCUACCUACAGUGCUGAAAUGUCUAAUGUUGGUUAAUGAACCUCAAGUGAAGAAGUUCACCACUGAGCUCAUGCAAUGUAUAAUUGAAAAUUGUCAGUCAUUAACUCCAUGUAAGGUGUGCCCGCACUUGACCUCUAUACUAAGGCAAUUCAUUCAGGAGCAUUUUGGGAUCUAUGAUCAUCAGGUCUACAAUAUCAUAGAAAUGGUAGCAGUCCUGAAUCGAGAUUUAGUUAUCAGUCUCAUUCCCACACUAAGUCAGACUCUAAAGGACACUGAACAUAAGCAAGGACUGGGAAGAAACAAUUCACAAAGAGAGUCCUACAGAAGACUAUUGGUCCGCCUUGGAGAGGAAGGGCAAGCUGAAAUCAUUAAGUUAGAAAACGAUAGUGACUAAGUUAAUCAAAGAAGUUUGUACCAGCAAGCAUCAGAGUGCCUCUUGAAAAUAAUACUGAGAAAAUCUGUACAGUUUUUAUAAAUACAUUGUUUCAUAAAUAUAUGUCAUUAAUUGUGGCAGAGAAAUGAGAGAAAUGUUUUAAGUAAAAGUUUUGACAUCUAGUUUUGUCUACCUGCUAUGUCACAGAACUCUGCUUGAUAAAGUUGGCUUUGAUCAUUAUCUGACAAACUGGAAGUGAGGCAUGUGUAAAUAAAUAGAGGUAGUAUAAAUC